CGCGCGCGUCUGCUAUUCUUCAACACUGGUAGACGCGCUUAGGAGGUUUAGACCCAGUAACUGGGGCGUACCACACUGUUGACAAAAUUCCAUGCAGCAAUAGUGCGGUGGAGAGGCGUUGCAGUCGAGUGUGUGUUGAAACCAGAUACAGCACACCAUGGCUAAACUACAAAACUUUGAAGUGAUUUUUGAUGGAGAUGUAUCCAUCUUCAGGUCAGGAGACUACGUUCGUGGUUUUAUAAGAAUCAUUCUUGGAGCACAAAAGAAAGAUAUCAGAGGUAUUAAAAUCAAGAUUGAAGGCAAAGCAAACACAAGGUGGUCUGAGGGGAGCGGAGAUCAUAAAAGACACUAUUCAGCCAAAGAAAUAUACUUCAAGGAACAAGUAAUGUGCUUUGGAAAAGAUAAGAGAGACCCAGGAGCGUCGAAGGUUUGCAUGGAAGCUGGCGAGCAUCACUUUCCUUUCACCUUCCAGAUCCCCAACGUCCCUCUACCCUACCCGUUCGAAGGCUGCUCUGGCUGGAUACGUUACAAGCUCAAGUGUAAAAUCGACCGCCCCUGGAAGUUUGAUCACACAGUUGAGAGGCUGUUUUCUGUGAUAGGGCAGCCCAUUGAUCUCAACCUGAUGCAGAUUGCAAGGUACCCACUACAAGGGAAUGAUUCAAAGACUGUCUGCUGCUGGUGCUGUGCAUCUGGUCCCAUUUUAACUCGAGCAUCUACUGAUAAGGCUGCAUACGUACCUGGAGAGACGAUCUUUGUGUCUUGCAAUAUAGAAAACAACAGCAACAGAAACAUUGUUGAUCUUAAUGCCAAACUCAUUCAGAGGGUGACUUUCCACUCAACUAAAGGACACACUCGGAAAAGAAGUAAAACAAUGGUCCAUAUAAAGGGGCCUGGAUGCGGGCCAGGAGAGACGGCAACGAUGGCCUGGAGCCCUCUAUUGAUACCGGCCAUACCUCCGACAGGACCACAGGGUUGCAACAUCAUCAGGAUUGAGUAUGAAGUAGAGGUUGAGGGUGAUGUUUCAGACACUCCAUUUGAUGCUACUGUGAAGCUGCCAGUUACCAUAGGAACAGUGCCUUUGUAUCAGCAUUACUCGCCACAACCUAAUGAUGUUGUCACACAACAACCCUCAGCCAAUGAACCGCCUCCUCCGAGCUACGAGCUGGCCAUGGAUGGACUCCAGGAGAUCCCAAGCAAGAGCGGCUACGACUACACAUUCGGUAAACUCAUGUACGCCCCUCAAUACCCAACCUACAGCAUGCCGGCCCAUCAACCUACAUGGGAUCCAAUGCACCCCCCUCAGGGUGACCCUGCUUCAUACCCGGGAGUUUCACCCGGGUACCCACCCCCUGGUGCCUCUGGGUACCCCCCACCUCCGGUUGGGUCUGGGUACCCCCCACCUCCGGGUGGGUCUGGGUACCCCCCACCUCCGGGUGGGUCUGGGUAUCCACCCCAAGAUGAACCAAAAUAUUAAUAGAGUUCCAAAUAACUCUCUUGAAAACCCAUCAACUGUGAAAUUUUAAUAUAAACGUGUGGGGUGGUGGACUUUCUGUAUCUCUUUUGUGUUAAAUUUCAAACCACAAUAAUCUGUGUGUGAGUUUUGUAAAACUACUCGGGGAAAUCUGAUUGUUUCCAUGUUUCGAAAGACACGUUCGCAGAGAGUGGAACAGUUCUGAUUUCACCUUUUCAUAUUAGUAUAUUAUGUAGUAUGCUUACUCUCCUAUUCCCAUUUUAAGUUUGGAUUGAUAGGCGUUCGAGUCACAGUGGUUAGGUUCACUUUUAUUAAUCCUGGCCAUCUUAGAAUGGGCUGGUUGUGUCUGUUUUAUAAUUGUCUUGCUUGAUUUGCCAGUGCUGUGUUCAAUUCCAUCAUUGGUUUGCAAGUUCCAGGCGUCACAUGGUUUUUGGGUUUUUUUUUUUACAUUUGUUUUUUCUUAUAAUGUUCUAUUUUUGCGGUAAUAUUGUAUCUUGUA